AUGGUAUUCACUGUUUUCCACGUUGCCCGAUGGGUUAAACUGCUACUGGUGAGUUUAUUGAUAUGGGGCAGGUCCCUGAUAUGGCUAUUAGUCAAUAGUAUUUACAAUUAUAUGUUUCGCCCUGUAUUUGUCAUGGGAAAAUGCUUGUUAUGGGAUCCUAUGAUGAUUGCCUCAAGAGUAGCUACAUCGCUAUUUCUUUUACCAAUUAAUAUUCCUUUAUAUAUUAUUUUAGGAACAUCAUUUCAGAAACUGGCAUCAUAUGGACCAGGAUUUCUUAAUGCACACAUUUUAUUAACUUUGAUACAAUAUUCAAUAGUAUUAUUUAUAUUUGGUGUCACAAUUGGAUCCAUUGCAGGAUCCCUCUUAGGUAUGACACAUUAUUAUUUGAGAGUACCCAAUGUCUAUCUUGAUUUAACUUUAUUGAGUCAAUAUAUUAUAGAUAAAAUUAAAAUAUCAACAAACAUGAUAAAUAAACCUAUUGCUAAUAUAUGGCAGACAGUGAAAAAUUUAGUGAUAAAAAUCUUUGGCCAUACUGAUGAAGAAUCAGUAACUACACAGACACAAACAGAAAUAGAAACAGAAACAAAGGAACCAGUGAUAGAGACUCCAAGGACAAAAAUUCCUGUGGCGGUUCAUUCGAGAUCCAAUUCUACUGCAAGUGUACUUGAUGUUGCCUCUGUAAUGCCUAGUGAUUUCUUCCAACCAGGGAAGAAACCAAAAAGAUUAGUAGUUCAUAUCGAACCUUCUACUCGCGAUAGACAGCUACAGACAGUGUACAAUACACCAAUACAAUCACCACAAAGAUCUUCUACUUUAUCCCCACAUCAAGAUUUAGAAAUUUCAAACGACUCCUCACUAAUGGAAUCCGAACCUUCUGGAAUUGAUCUUUGGGAUAGGUUUGAUUCUAUCGAUAGUGCAGCGGUUCAUGGGACAAUGAGGACAGAUAAUACUACUAUGCGGACUACAAGAGUUAGCAAGAAACCUCGAAGACAUAGCGAUACGUUCUCAGAUCGAACACCAUAG